AUGUUGAUUUCGAGCCUGACACCAGAAACUAAAGUUAGUAGUUUACUUGGCGGUUACAUGUGGUUAAUAUCAGUUAAACUACAAUUAAAUAAUAAUAUAGCAUCAUCCGUACGAAUACCAUCAACAGACAUUAAAAUAUGUCCUAAAGCUAAGUGGAAUCAAACUGGAAUAACAAUAAAGAGUGUCGAUAGAAAUAAACUUCUUUCAUUAUUUAAUUUUGCUUUUGAUAGUCAAUCAAAUAUUUAUAUCGUCAAUUUGGCUGAUAGUCGUAUUGAAAAAUAUUUAAAUGAUACUAAUUUUGAACAAUAUGAAAUUCUAAUACAAUUUCAAAAAAUGUAUCAACCAACAACGUUAUUUAUUGAUAAAUAUGAUAAUUUAUACAUUGAUUAUAGUGUCCACAAUCGAUUAUAUAAAAUCUCAUUAAAAAAUAAAUAUAAUAGAAUAAUUUAUGAUAAUCCAGAAUGGUGUACCGAUAUGUAUGUUGAUGCGAAUGAAAAUAUUUAUAUCACAGAAAAUAACAACAGUCGUAUUAUGAAAUGGUCUUCGGAUGGAAAACAAAAAUAUGUUAUUGCCGGUGGAAACGGUAAUGGUAAUCAAUCGAAUCAAUUAGAUUCACCAAGCGGUAUUUAUGUUAGUGAUCAAACCAAUCAUAUUUAUAUAGCUGAUGUUACUAACCAUCGUAUUCAACGUUGGACAUUGGGUAAUGUAUCAUUGGGUGGUGUUACCGUUGCCGGUGGAAAUGGUAACGGUAAUGGUACACAUCAAUUGAACUUUCCAAAUUCAGUGAUUGUCGAUAAUGAAGAAAGUGUUUAUAUCGUUGAUGAAUCUAAUCAUCGUAUUGUUAAAUGGGCAAAGGGUGCAAAAAAUGGUGAAAUUAUUAUUGGCGGCGAUGAUAAAGAUGAUUAUGUUUUCGAGGAUGAGGAUGCGGAUAUUUUUAGUAGUGAAGGUGGCCAAAAAUUAAAUAAAUUGACUUAUCCUACACAAAUGAAAUUUGAUAAAGAUGGUAACUUAUAUGUACUUGAUUGGACAGAUAAUCGAUUACAAAAGUUCGAGAUUGAUACAACUGAUUGUCAGUUAUCAUAG